AUGUAUGUCCCCGACGUACAGAAGCUCGCCACCGCAGGCUUGGCCAUUGCCAGCGUCACAUUGAGUGACACCGUCUCCAAAGGAAACGUGCUCGACUAUGCCAUCGAGAAAUGCAUCGACCGUGACGGAAACGUUCGUUGCUCCAAGCCUUUCCCCGUUAAGGAGGGCUCUUGCUAUAAAUUGGAGUGGUCUACGGACGGUACACUGUCCCACACAACCAUCGAGGUUCGCGAUGCCGGAAGUGGAGAGAUGGUCUACUACCGAGACACGAAUGGGGAAUGGAAGCCAGAGAAGAAUGAGCUCGUGUACCUCGACUUCAAGCCCAAGAUUUGGGGAACGGGGAAUGAUACCGUCGACUAUGAAGUGAAGAAGUGUGACAAGGAAGAGGAGUUGUAA